UGGCCUCCCCGCCCUCCUAGAUGCCCUCUGGAAGUCAGAGACAGAUCAUUUCCGAAGUUGUAGUUGGCCCUUUGUGGGCGUUUCUUGCCCUCUGCAGCGGGCAAGACUUCCCUGAAGCCACGUCCGGCUUCUCCGGGAGGCGGUUGGUGCUUCCGGAGACGGUGGUGAGCCACUGCAGUGCCAGCGGAGAUCCGGGCGAGUACAACCUGCGUUCUCGCACAGUGUUGUGUGGCACAUGUGGGCAGCCGGCAGAGAAGUCAUCCGGGGGCACGAAUGUGGGCACCAGCACCAUGUCCACCGGCUCCUCCUCCUCCAGCUUGACCAUCACACGCAGCUACCGCAGUGGAGGCACCAACCUCGGGGAGAGCCUCCUGCCCCGCACCUACGUCCUGGGCAGCUCCACCCCACGCCAGCAGGGUCCUUCAAACUGCAGCAUCAUGUAAUCGUCUGACGUUCCCAACGUGCACGCAAAUCUGCUUUAUGGAGCUCUCUGUCCUUUACGUGCUCAGAAAAAGAGGAAACCAUUUUUAAAAGAAGUUAUUUUCUAUGCAUGAAUUUAUACUUUAUUACAUAUCUAUAUCUAUAUAUCUAUAUAAAUAUGCUAAAGGUUUUUUAAGGGGGUGGGGGGGGUCUUUUUUCUAUCUCAAAAGUUUAAAAGGAGCCCUGCGCCAAAGAGGUUAAUCUAUUACUGCCAAAAAGGAAAGAAGUCCUAGAAUUGUCAUAUGUUUCUUCUAGUAAGGGGGAGCCUGCAAAAGGACAGGAUCCGUCUGUGUGUGCUUGAAUACCAAAGUUUCCUUUGAAAAACGAAUCAAAAAUCACAAAGUUUUUCUCCUUCUUCUGGGCCACCGUUUGUCAACUUCAUCAACUUUAAGAGGGGGGGACUUCAACUCCCAAGAAUUCCCCAGCCAGUCCCCCCCCCUCUCCAUCUUAAAGUUGGUGGGGUUGUGAAACUCUCUUCCAGGGAAAUCUCUUUAAAUUUGUUGCACUUAAUCUUCUCCCUGUGGGGGGGGGGGUGUUGACCACUAACUAACCAUGGUUAACUUCUGCCUUGCUUCCCAGCAAUUCGUGCCCUUGAGCAAAAGAGUCCAACUCUUUUGAAGAAUCUACAAGCCAAGAGUUGACCUUCGUUUACAUUUUGAAAAUGGGAGGGAGACCUUCAUACGGAACCCGUUUUGGGUUGCAAUGAUACUUGAGGGAUGCCCCCUGUUGAACCCAGGGUCCUCAGCCCUGGCAGGUUUAAGGCGGAGGAACUUCAACUCCCAGAAUUCCCCAGCCAGUAUGGGGGACUCCUGGGAGUCGAGUUUUAAAAUUGCCACGUUUCAGAAACGUGAAUUUAACCUCGUGUCAGUCCCCUCCGGCCCAAAUCAGGUUGUUUAAUACCUGCAUUAAAGCACUUUAGAAGGUGGACAUUCAGGGAUUCUCCAAUUAAAAUCCAAAUUGCCCUGACUUUAGAA